UCGCUAGUUCACACCAGUAUUCGUUUAAAUGACAGUCGCACGAGUUGCGUUCACUUGAAGAAUCUCAUAAAAAAAAGACGUUAAAACUUAAAAUAACCUUGGCAUAUUAAUAUGUUGUGAAUAAUACUUUAAUAUGAUAAUACAUUACGUGAAAAGAUCAGUGCUCGUGUAAGACAUGUCAUAGUUAUAAAAUGGAGGACGUCUAUACAAUUAAAGUGAAAACAAAACCCGAUACGCGUAAUUUGUAUCCAUCGGAGAGGCGCUACUCAGCGUCUACCGUGUCAGGGCUGGCGUGGGUGCACAUCGCAUUGGCUUCCACAUCCUUCCUGCUGGCUUGUCUGGCUUUGAUCAACCCUAACAAGCAACCCAUCGAGACUGACAUAGCUAUAGAUAAUUCUACUCUACCCGAAGAUGUCAGGAACGGCUUCAUACUUAUACUGGCGCCGAGUUUAGUGACAAUAUUCGCUUUGGCGGCCGGUGUCGCCUCCAUCCUGGCCUCGGUGAGGUGGUACAUUGAUAGGAACAUAACGUGGUUGUUUGUUAUGUCAACACUGUCGACACUUUUCUCUCUAAUUUCCUUUGUUAUGAUAAUAUUUCUCCUGUUGACCAGCGAGAACGAUUUGUCAGAUUUCUAUAAAGAGAAAAUACCAUUCAGCGACAUCAUUAUAAUAAAGCAUUCGGAUAUACUCGAUAGAAAUGAAUCGCACUUCAUCAUACCGAGGAAUUCCACGGAGUUUAAGGAGGAGGAUUCGAAGAUGUUCACCAAAAGAGUGUUGUGUAUUAACAUACUAAUAGCGUCAUUCCUCGAGCUUCUCUGGUCGAUAUUGAGCAUGAAAAUAUCAUACAAGGGUAUGAAGAACAGUUACAAGGAGGAGGACGGCAGACGAGGUAACUGCGUGUCCGUUAUUACGAAGAUCAAAGGUAAUAAUACGAAAAAGAUGCCCAUGACUGGUAAGAUAACCAAACCGAACAUCAUAGACAAUUAUCCUAGCAGAAAAAUUAAAAGAAUAUUCCUCGCUCAGAGCGAAAACGGUUUCUACUUAAAGAAUCAGAAUAAUAAGAUGAAGCAAACGGAGACCAGCUCGGAGUGUUACAAGGAGAGGAUGAUGAACUUCCUGAAUAGAUGCGCCGAGGGUUCGAACGACAUGACGCCGAGUGUUCACUCGGAAUCAAUCUUAAAUCCUAUUCCGGAGGUAGCGAGCACUGUGGCCACUGCACCAGACACGAAGGACCCGAAAGAGGCCAGAACCACGCCGGUCAGUUGGGGAGACGCCUCCGAUCACACCGUCUACAACCAGAACAAUAUAAACUUCGACAAAAUAUUCAAUUUCCGAAAAAAAACUCAAGAGACUGACGCGGAAAAUACCGAUACAAGUGAAAUUAAAACGAAUAUGUAAUGACGCGUGACGGAAUAAAGGAAAGCUUGUGUUUUAUAUAGUAUUAGAAGCGGUAUCGAUUAAAGUCAAUCAAUGACAUUGUAUUGAGAUUAUUAUUUAGUUAUCGUUAAGGUCACAGUUUUCCCACGAAAAUUCCGCCAUGACGGCGGCCAUUACAGUUUACCUUAAAUUUAUGGAGACCUAUGUUUGAAACCAUUUACAGAUAAGAAAUACAUAUCACAUACGACAUAGGUAAUACCGCUGGCUUGGUUUUUAAUUUCAAAUGUAUAAUAUAUUGAAAAAAAACUUAAAUUAGACCAAAAAUUUACAUGGGAUUUAUAUUAUUCUGAAAUUUAUUAAUGUAAUUAGUAUACAAAUUAUAUCUUUUGUAUAUUAGUUUUGGUUAAUAAUAAUAAGAGAUUUUAUUUAAAAAUCGUUGUAUGAAAAAAUAAUGAGCUAAAUUUGUAAUCUUGUUUCUUUAAAACUUGCGAAUGUAUAGUUUUCUUUCUUAACUGAAAUAAAUUCCAAUGAUGUAUAUUGUAUGUGCUACAGGUCUAUGAACUAUGGACAUGAUUUUAAACACUUAAUAUUUUACCCUACUAUUUUAAUAACUCAAUAUUUAUCUUGUGAUACGUAAAUAAUUAAGGGAAUUAAUUUUUUAGGAUAAAGCAACACUAUGUUUUUUACUAUAAAGGUUUUUAUACAUUUUUUAUUAUAUUCCGUAUUAUA